UGCGACUGACCAUACGGCUCACAAUGUCAGGAAGUCUUGCUGGAGUAGCUACCAAAUAUCGCAACUGGUUAUUGGCGGCAAUGGUUGUGUUUUUUACUGCCUUCUCCAUCACGACGUUGGGUGAUCUUCCCUGGCUCACACAGAAACAGUCCAACCUGAGUCCUGUACCACUACAGUACCAACACAACAGCCGGGUCAUCUCCAAUGCCUCUACCACAACCCCACACCAACCCCUUCACCUCUUUCCAGUGUAUGAGCCAUCGAUGGAGCAUGAGUUGGUACAGCGGCAGGUGGAAGGGACGUGCAGGAGAACAAAUGGUUUAUCAAUGAUCAGGUCAAACAACUCUUGCAAAAAAAAAGUAAAAAGCAAGAAAGUGGAAGUUAACGCAAAUGAACUGAAGAAUAUUUUGGAGGAAAUCCAAGACCGCAUAAGAGUGACCCAAUAUGACCUGAGACAACUGAAGGACGUGGAUGGGUCACGCACGUGGAGAGAGCGUGAGGCAGCUGAAUUGAGUGACCUGAUCCAACGACGACUCUACGCCAUCCAGCACCCACCUAACUGUACCACAGCCAAGACGGUGGCAUGUAGGAUGGAAAGAGGGUGCGGGAUUGGAUGUCAGCUGCACCACGUAUUGUACUGCGUGAUGGCUGCUUAUGGGAGCCAGAGGACCUUGGUGCUAUAUCCUGGCAAUUGGAACAAGUACUUCCUUCCCAUCAAUAGCUCCUGCAACUCUUCACACCUCACCAACAUCUCCAGGUGGCCGGCUACAGGACUGGAGGGAGACAUCCGGGUGAUAGAGUUCCCCCUCUGGGACAAGCCGGUACCAGCGCCGGAUUACAUGCCUCUGUCUCUACCACGGGACAUUUGGCGGCGGCUAGUGAGAUUUCAUGGGGAUCCUGGUGCCUGGUGGGUUGGCCAGUUCUUCCAGUAUGUGCUACGUCCCAACCAGCACUUACAGGACAUUAUCCACAACCUGACCACCACACUUGACUUCCAGACGCCCAUUGUCGGAGUACAUAUAAGACUGACUGAUAAGAAGAAAGAGGCAAAAUUGCACAGUCUGGAGGAAUACAUGACUCAAGUGGAGGAGUACUACAAGGUUUUGGACCUAAAGGAGAAAAAUGCCACUCGUAGGAUCUACCUCGCCUCCGAUGAGCGGAAAAUUUUUUCCGAUGCAAAAAUAAAAUACCCGCACUACCAGAUCCUGUACAACCCAGAGAGCGAGAAGUUAGGCGAGUUGAAGCUGCGUCGCUACUCCGUGUCGUCUUGUUUAACCGACAUAUUCAUGCUAUCUCGCUGCAGCCUCGUGGUGGCCACCUUAUCGUCCAAUAUUGGUCGACUGGUCUAUGAGAUAAUGCAGAGUCUUUACCCCGACGGCUCCUUGUACUUCAGUUCACUCGACAAUGACUACUUCGUUCACUUCCAACGACCAAAACUCGCCCGAGCCCGCUUCCCUCACUCUCCCCGCAGGCAGGGGGUGAUUAAGAUGCAGACGGGAGACCUUGUGAAAGAGGGCUACAAAUACCCCAUAAACUUCCACAAUGGCUUUGCGGAGGGUAUCAACCUCAGAACCAAGGAGAAAGGUAAAUACCCUUACUACAAGGUUGAGAGUGUCUACGAUAUUGUUAAUACUUCUUACAGUCAUGAUGAUGCAACAGGAAAGUUAUAAGAAAACGUCAGAGAAAAGGCCAAGAGAUUCAUCCAUCUUAUUGUUACACCUUGUCAGCUGUUGUUCAAGUUAUUAUUGGUGUAAAUCAACCUAACAAGUCUGACUGUGUUAAAAUUGUAAAGGAGUGACAAAAUUCAUCACUUACUGUGGUAAACAUUUUGGGUUCUAUAAAGUUGUACAUGAAUUACAGCAUAUUCAGUACUGUCCAGGUAUGUGAUCAUACAUGGAAUAUGAAGCAUCUGUAUGACUCCUAGUUCUCACACAAUAAGACUAGAAAAUUAGAAAAAGUGGAAACAUGUACAGUUGCCUCCAGGUGUUGUUGCAAGAGAGGCACGGUAGGUGGUAACAACACACCUGGAGGCGUCUGUGUGUGUUAAAUUGUUCCAGAUGGUGAUCACACAGUCUUGCAUAACAAUUUGUUGUAAACAUCUGGGUGUGUUCAUCACCUUGUUCACAUAUCACUUUCUUAUCAUUGAUGUAGCACCACUAAUAGCACUGUAUAUGUUUACUAUAAGUUUUUGGCUCCAUACUUUCAUCAUAUCUGUAGUUUUGUAAUUUGAACUUAAUGUACAUUAUAAUUCAUAAACUCGUGGAUUAUAUUCCCAGUUGUGUGAAAUAUAUCGUUAACACUGUUGCUGCUGUUGCUAUUAUCAUUAAUUAUGAAAUUGUUGUUAUUAUUACACAUACAUGCAUUACAUGUACUCGUGCAAUUCACUAGUUUAUGUCCGAACCUUCUCAGAGAAACACAGGUAUAUCUGGUUAAUGUUUUUUGGAGAAUCUGACCUACUCUUAACAAUGACUUUUGUCAAAGUUGGAAAAGUGACAUUUUAUCUUCUCCAUAAUAUCAAAAUUAAUGAAUCCUUCUUUACACUAAUAGCUAACUAUUGUGUUACAGGAGCUAAUAAUACACCACUAAAAAUUAAACGACCACUUUUUCAGUAUUUUUAGUACUGUACAGUUUACAAUAUCUACAAAUAAAGAAAGACGCCAAACUGUUAAAUAUUUUAGGAAAGUCAAGGGGCACUCCAUGGGUUUCACAGCUGUGGUCUGCUGACCGGUCAACUGAAUAUGGGUAGUGUUGGACUUUUACCCUUUUCUGACCCUCAGUCAUCUCAGUAGGCCACACGAGUGGCCCUCCGUCAUAUCCGUGGUCCACACAAGUGGCCCUUUGUCAUCUCAGUGGGCUGCACGAGUGGCCCUCCGUCAUCUCAGUGGGUCACAAAAGAAA